UAGGUGUUUUGAUCAUUAUUUGGUUGUUGUUUCAGUUAAUUCUUCUUUAUUUUUGCAGCCAAAGCUAGUGAAUCUGAUGGUGCUCGAUCUCUCCUUUUGCUCCAAUCUUACUGUUAUCCCAGAUCUCUCGUUCGCUUUACAACUUGAAGAACUCCUACUUCAGGAUUGUACAAGCCUAGUUGAAGUACCCUCUCAUGUUCAAUAUCUGGACAAGCUGAUAACGCUUGACCUUGGACGUUGUGUGAACAUCAGGCGUCUUCCAUCAAAGCUCAACUCAAAGGUCCUCAAGCAUGUUAAGAUAAACGAUUGUCCAAAGGUCAGGCACUGUCCGGAGAUUAAUUCAGGAGAGUUGAUGGAAUUGAAUUUAAGUGGGACACCGGUCAGGGAGUUACCUAGCGCGAUUUACAGUGUCAAUGAAGGUGGCAGCCUAAGUCUCUAUGGCAAAAUCAUUACCAACUUCCCCGCAGUUUCAGCAAGCUUGAAUGUGUUUAAUCUGUCGCAUACAACAAUGAAAGAGAUGAAUUCUUAUGGUCAUCAUCAGGCUUCUUCCAAGUUACUGCCAAAAUUUGCUUCGCUGAAUUUGCUCAGUAACUCACAACUCAAGAGCCUGCCGAAGUAUAUAUGGAACAUGGUCUCUUUUGAUCUCUUUAUUAGUAGCAGCCCACUUCUUGAUAGUCUGCCAGAGAUCUCAGAGCCCGUGAAUUCCUUAUCCUGUUUUUGGAUACAUCAGUGUGAACGUCUCAAAAGCCUCCCAUCCAGCAUCAACAAUUUAGUAAAUCUACAGUUUCUCAGUUUGUCAAACACUGGCAUUAAGUCGUUACCUUCCUCUAUCCACGAAUUGGACCGACUCCAGUCAAUAGAACUGAUCGACUGCAAAAGCCUUGAGUCUAUCCCGAGCAAUAUCCACAAACUACCAAAGCUAAACAAGUUGUGGUUGAGGGGGUGUGGAAGUAUUGUAUCUUUGCCGGAACUUCCACAAAGUCUCUUAGAGUUGGAUGUUGGUGGCUGCAAGUCCUUACAGGCUCUACCAAGCAAUGCCACCAAGCUGAGUUGGAGGCGCCUCUUGUUGUACAAUUGCCUCAAAUUAGACAUGACAAUUCCUGAUGAAAUUGUGGCAAAUUACCUGAUAUAUGCACCAUCAUUUGAGCGUUAUAAGGUACAUAAAUACCACCCUACUGCUAUCUUGGUGUUUUCAUCUUUAUCAUAUAUUAUAUUAUUAGUGUGAUUGAACAGAAAGUCAAACCUUUUCUUUUUUAUUGAUAACAGCUGUAUGAGCUUCAAUAUUUAGGGAAUAAGAUUCCCGAAUGGUUUGCCUACAAAAGCAUGAAGGAUAAGGAUAAUUCAUGUUUGACGGUGCAAUUGCCUCCUGCUAACCGCACUAGCAGCAAGCAACUAAUCAGAGGAAUUGCAUUUGGUGUGGUGUGUUCAUCUUCAAAUGCUUGGAGUAUAAUAUGUGAUUGCGUCAUUGGUACAGUAUCUGUUGCCUUUUGGAGCUGUUCUGUUCCUCAGUACUUGUCGAAGUCGUCAGACAAUGUAUUGCUAUGGUUCACAUCAGGCGAGACCAUGGGCAGUGUAGGAGAAGGAGAAGCAUGGUAUGUGAAAUAUGCUGGCCACACUGUUUCAUUCCGUUUCUACCCUCAGGGAGGAGAUGCCAAGCCAUGGAAGAAGAAGUUGAAAAUCAAAAGAUGCGGGGUCUCUCUACUAUAUUAAGUACACAGCCAGUUCGAUUUUUCAUACAGAGAGAAAGAGAUGGCAAGGUACGUAUCUAUCUUUGCAACAGAACUUGAUGCAUUUUUAGACUAGGGGUGUGAAUGCUUUAAUGCAUACAAACCACAUAUUCAUAAGGUUACCCUUAGUUACCUUUUUUUAUGAAUGAUUUUCUAUUUGUAUUAACUAAUUGUUGGUUGUUCACAAGAGCUCAUACAUGGUUACAUUCAACAUACUGAAUGUUGAAUUGAUGACGAGCAUAGAUGACGAAUCGAUAGUGUGGAUUAUGAUUUGGUUGCUUGAUGAAUGAAUAAUUUUUCCUUUAAACAUGCAACUCAGUCCAUUCAUUAGGCAGUUGAAGUAUAGCUUGAGCCUGUUAUACAAGAAAGGGAGAAACGAGAUCAAUGUCAUGAAUGACACGAAUCCAAUCGUUACGCGAAUUCUCGUUAGUUGUAGCAUCAGUAAUGCAAUCAACCUAAUUCCCGAGUCUCCUUGAAAUCAAGGAAAGUAAAUCUUGUUACGUGGAAACUAAGAAUAUGAAACAUGCUGAGAAUUGAUGUAAGAUUGUAGAGGCUCUGCAUGGUUUUCCAGUCCAUUGUUGUGGAAUAGAUGGUUUUAAGAACUUCUUGGAAAUUUUUGUAUUUUCCGUGUGUCUCAACGUACCUCCUUGCAAAUAACUGUACUGAUUAGUGACUUUAGAAACAUCGAGUACUGAUCUGUAAAUGUGCAAUGACUAUAUAAACCACGUAUUCGGUUUCAGUUGGGGAAACAAAACAUAAUUUCUCUCACUGUCCAAUCAGCUAAUUUCAGCAUCUCCCGCCGGAGAGAAUCGACGAGGCGGUGGCUACGUACCUAUCACUUUCCUCCAUGAGGUCCACUGUAUCAACAUUGCCACCCUCGUCCCUCCUUCCAUCCCACUUCUUUCACAGAACUCACGCGGCUGCCCUUCCGCCAUUCCCUCGCCGGAAUGCACUCGCUGAUCGGAAUGGAACGGUCCGGAAGGGCUCGUCGCAGAAUCGGCUCGCGGUUACGUCGCCGGUGAAUCGAGUUGUUAUUGCAGCCGCCGCCGUCACGCCUGCCUCGCCGCAAAUCCUAGAAGAUGCUCCGUCGGCAGCGAUUCCUUCGGGAGCCGACGUGGUGAGGAGAUUCUACGACGGAAUCAACCGCCGGGAUCUGGAUUCCGUCGAGGGGCUCAUCGCCGAGAAGUGCGUCUACGAGGACCUUAUCUUCCCCAAUCCCUUCGUUGGCCGUAAGGCGAUCAUGGAAUUCUUCAACAAGUCCGUCGACUCGAUCAGCGGGGAUUUCCAGUUCGCCAUUGACGAUAUCUCGGCUGAUGAUUCCUUGGCCGUUGGAGUCACCUGGCACCUGGAAUGGAAGGGGAAGCCUUUCCCGUUCAGCAAAGGCUGCUGCUUUUACCGCCUGGAGGUUAACAAUGGCCAGCGACAGAUAAUUUACGCAAGGGAUAGUGUGGAGCCUGCUCUGAAGCCUGGAGAGGCAGUGUUGACGGCUAUGAGGGGAGUGAGCUGGUUGCUGCAGCAGUUUCCGCAGCUGGCAGAUCGGCUUCCACAAUGACCUCUCCGCAGCCGUAUCAUUCUUGUUUGUGAGAGGUUCCUUUGAUGGGUAUUAUAUAGCAUCCUUAUCGUGGAUAUACGAUUUGAAUUGGGAGAAGUAAUAGUGAAAAUAAAGGUAGUUGAGGAUGCAUUGUGUCAUUUGUGUGUCAGAUUGUUAAUGUUGUAGCCUGGGGCUGGGGUUGAUUUUGUAAUGUGAAUAUGUUCCAAGAUGUUUAUGUAUCUUUAAGUAAGAGAAUCUAAGAGAAUAGAAGAUCGAUAUAAGAUCCAUCGUUUGAAGCCUAUCAGCUACAGAUUUUGGCCAGUUUUCUAGUAUAAUAUUAUUCAUCGAUUUUGAAAGCUAUUUAUCAAAAAAAUUUGCCAAUAUUUUUUAAUGUUAUUAAUUUAAUGAUUUUGAAGGCUGUCCAUCAUAGAUUUAAGCUGAUAUUUUUUACUGCAAUUAUUCAUAUAUUUUGAAGGCUAAUCAUCACAAAUUUUAGCCGAUUUUUCGGAAUGCAAUUAUUUAUCGAAUUUGAAGGACACCAUCUCAUAUUUUGGCUUGUUUUUUUUAAUGCUAUUAUUUAGUGAUUUUAAAGGCUAUCCAAUCACACAUUUGACCGUUUUUUCUAAUGUUGUUAUUCAUCGAUUUUGAAGAUUAUACAUCACAGAUUUUGGCCGGUAUUUUUAAUGUAAUUAUUCAUUGAUUUUCAAGGUUAUCCAUCGCAAAUUUUAGCAGUGUUUUGGAAUUCUAUUCUUCAUCGAUUUUGAAGGCUAUAUAACUCAUAUUAUUGCUGAUUUUUUUAACAAUAUUACUUAUCAGUUUUGAAGGCUAAUCACAGAUUUGACCUGUUUUUUCUAAUGCUUUUAUUCAUUGAUUUUGAAAGCUAACCAUCACAAAAUUUGGCUAGUUUUUUGGAAUUAAAUUCUUCAUCAAUUUUGAAGGCUAUUCAUUUCAGAUUUUCGCCCAUAUUUUUUAAUGCAAUUAUUCAUGGACUUUAAAUGUUAUCCAUCAUUUCUUGGAAUGCUAUUAUUCAUUGAUUUUGAAGUCUAUCUGUUACAGAUUUUGGUCGGUUUUUUGGAAUGCAAAUUUUCAUCGAUUUUGAAAGCUAUCAAUCAAAGAUUUUGGUUGUUUUUUGAGAAUUCAAUUAUUUAUUGAUUUUGAGGGAAUCCAUCACUGAUUUUGGCCGGUAUUUUGUAAUGCCAUUAUUCAUCGAUUUUGAAGGCUAUCCAUCAUAGAUUUUUGCCGAUUUUUUGGAAUGCAAUUAUUCAUCGAUUUCGAAGGCUAUCCAUCACAGAUUUUGGACGGUUUUUUUGAAUGCUAUUAUUCUUCGAUUUUGAAUGCUAUCCAACACAUAUUUAUGCCCAUAUUUUUAAUGCAAUUAUAAGUUGAUUUUGAAAGCAAUCCAUCACAAAUUUUAGCUGUUUUUUUGGACUGCUAUUAUUCAUCUAUUUGGAAGGAUAUCCAUUACAGAUUUUGAAAGGUUUUUUGGAAUGUAAUUAUUUGUCGAUUUUGAAGGUUAUGCAUCAUAAAUAUUGGUAGAAUUUUUUAAUGUAAUUUUUGUAUCGAUUUUGAAGGUUAUCCAUCAUAGAUUUCGUUCAAUAUUAUCAAUGCAAUUAUUCGUCGAUUUUGAAGGCUAUCAUCACAGAUUUUGACUGUUUUUUUAAUGCUAUUAUUCAUCGAUUUUGCAGGCUAUCCACCAGAUAUUCAUGUCUUCUUUUUGCAAUGCAAUUAUUCAUCUAUUUUGCGGGCUAUCCAUCACAGAUUUUGGAUAGUUUUUUGGAAGGGAAUUAUUCAUCAAUUUUGAAGGCCAUCCAUCACAUAUUUUGUUUGGUUUUUUAGAAUGUUAUUAUUCAUCGAUUUUGAAGGCUAUCCAUUAGAGAUUUUGUCCGGUUUUUGGAAUGCUAUUAUUCGUCCACUUUGAAGGCUAUCCAUCACAGCUUUUGGCUGGUAUUUUUGAAUGCAUUUAUUCAUCAAUUUUGAAGGCAAUCCAUCACAGAUUUUGGCUGAUAUUUUUGAAUGCAUUUAUUCAUCAAUUUUGAAGGCUAUCCAUCGCAUAUUUUGACUGGUGUUUCAUAAUACAAUCAUUCUUAGAUUUUGAAGGCUAUCCAUCACAGAUUUUGGACGAUAUUUUUGAAUGCAUUUAUUCAUCAAUUUUGAAGGCUUGCAUCACAUAUUUUGACUGGUUUUUUGAAAUGCUAUUAUUCGUCGUUUUUGAAAGCUAUCCAUAAAAGAUUUUGGCUUAUAUUUUUUUAAUGCAUUUAUUCAUCGAUUUUGAAGGCUACCCAUCACAUAUUUUGAUUGGUUUUUUUCAUAAUACAAUCAUUCGUGGAUUUUGAAGGCUAUCCAUUGCAUAUUUUGACUGGUGUUUCAUAAUACAAUCAUUCUUAGAUUUUGAAGGCUAUCCAUCACAUAUUUUGGCCGAUAUUUUUGAAUGCAUUUAUUCAUCAAUUUUGAAGGCUUGCAUCACAUAUUUUGACUGGUUUUUUGAAAUGCUAUUAUUCGUCGUUUUUGAAGGCUAUCCAUAAAAGAUUUUGGCUUAUAUUUUUUAAAGCAUUUAUUCAUCGAUUUUGAAGGCUACCCAUCACAUAUUUUGACUGGGUUUUUUCAUAAUACAAUCAUUCGUGGAUUUUGAAGGCUAUCCAUCACAGAUUUUGGCUGAUAUUUUUGAAUGCAUUUAUUCAUCGAUUUUGAAGGCUAUCCAUCACAUAUUUUGAUUGGUUUUUCAUAAUACAACCAUUCGUGGAUUUUGAAGGCUAUCCAUCACAUAUUUUGACCAAUAUUUUUUAGUGCAUUUUUCAUCGAUUUUGAAGGCUAUCCAUCACAUAUUUUGACUAGUUUUUCAAUAUACAAUCAUUCGUGGA